AUGUUCUCCAUGAUGUGGAAUUGGGUGGUUCUCGGGAUAGGAUUCGCCAUGUAUAUUGAGGGCGUUGGCUACCACGUGAAUAGCCUCUCGAAGCACGCGGUUCACAACAUCUCCAAAUGGCUCCUCAUCACCGAAGUCAUUUAUAUCUGGAAUCUGUGCUGGACUAAGCUCAGCCUGUUAAUGAUGUAUUACCGGAUCUUUCGCCUGCCCGGUUUCAAAAAGCAAGUCAUUACUGUCGGUACCUUUGUCGUAUGCUGGGCCAUUUCAAUUUCCUUUCUUUUUACCUUUAUCUGCAAACCCAUUGAGAGACUUUGGAUCCCCGAAAUGCCCGGCACAUGCGUCAACGAGGUCGGCGUUUGGCUGGCAAAUGCUAGCAGCACGAUUUUCAGCGACAUUCUGAUUCUGAUCCUGCCCAUCCCUCAAAUUUGGAGAUUGCAUUUGAAAAGGAGCGAAAAGAUUGGCCUGACGAUGGUGUUCGGCCUCGGAUUCUUUGCCGUCUUCACAUCUUCAUAUCGAACUUGGGUUCUGUUCAACUACGACAAAAACGAUAUUCCCUAUUCUCUGGCCCCACUGCUAGUUUGGUCCGAUGUUGAAAUGUGCGCCGGUAUCAUUUCCGCCUGUCUACCCACGCUGCGGCCAAUACUCAAUGCCGCCGCCAGCAAGCUGGGCAUCAAUAUUCGCUUCGCGCGCUCGACUUCCUCCGCACCACUCGAUGUCACGAUCGAAACGAUCUCAAAACUCAGCAGCAGGAAACCACACGUAUCCGUCAUGACGCAGCAUGACUCGUCAGACAACAAUCCCGGCCGCAGUGCAUUCUACAGGCUGCAUGACGAGUCUGACGGAGAGGGCAUGCUCAAGACGAGGUCUGCGUACUCUGUUGAUAAUCCCACGCGUACAGAAUCCCGAAACAGCUGUUAUGAGCUGCGAGUCAUCGAGACAGCCGAUGCAUUCUUCGUACUCAUGUCUGAGAUUGCUUUCGCCCUGAGCAAGACUCGAAUCAUUGUCAAGGACUUCACCAAUGUUACAUCUAUUCGCAAGUCGCACCGCGGUGCCGCCUUUACCUCGAUUUCCGGCUCGUGA